GUUAGUGUGGGGUUGAGACAGGUGGUGGUGCGUGUCUGUCUGUCUGUCACUUUCUUCUCUCCUGUUUUACACAGUGUGGAUUGAGUAAGAAUGAGCUCACCAAAAGUUGACUGUGAUGUUUGUGUUUUAGGGGACAGAAAUGUAAUCCCACAAGAAGAUGUUUCAGGGGCAGCACGGAUACGGAAAUCCAAGAAACCAGAAAUUCAAAUAUAUCGUCCAGGAGCUCUUCGACAAAAGCGUUCUAGUGUUUCAAAUGAGCAUCUAAUCUCAGUAACCCAUGAAGAGAACACAACAAAGCCAGUUAGCACAAAGAAAGAUGUUAAAGAUAAUGGAAAAAAAUCCCUUGUGCAAGGAAGACAGGGAUUAUUGCAAGAACAGAAAAUUAUGAAAGAAGAUAGAGCUAUAGACAGUGCAACAAAACAUAAGGAAACAGUCAAUAAAUAUAUUAAAAAAGGAAGGGAAUCACAUGUCGAGGUUAAUGUUGACAGUAGUAAGAAAAUCGGAAAUGAUACCCAAUAUUGUGAAGAGAUGCAUGCUAGUGAGUGUCAUGCAAAAGAGAAGGAAAAAUCUGGUUUUGGGACCUCUAAAGAGCAAGUGAAGUUGUCAAAUGCAGCUGAGGAUGUGAGGAUUAAAGUACAACUACUUUCAGUAAACAAAUUUUCAGCUUCCACAAAUAUUAGAUCUGAUAGUCACAAAGAGGGAAACAAUACACAUGAAAAACAAGAAGAAACCAAGUCUCCAGCAGAUGUAAAAGUUACAUGUGUACAAUCUAUGAAUAAACAAGAUGAAAGCAAGUCAUCGGCAGGGAAAAGUGUUUCCAACAUUCCUGUUGUUACACUUCCUGAGAAAGGAAGCUGCUCUUCUUUUGACUCUGCAAACUCUGGAAACAGUAAAACAGAGGUAAAUUGUAAGUUAAUAAAAGAAAAUAAUGCAAAAGUUGGAUCAGAAAAGUACUUGAGCAGGAAGAAUACCAAAGGUGCCUCUGAAAAAAACCCACUUAAGAAAGACAGAAGAGGGUCUUUAGAAAGAUCAUCAGAGAUAAAAACUAGGUCAGCUAAUCAUGGUAAAUCAUUAAUAGAUACAGUUUCUGUUGAACUUUCAGAAAGUCACAUAGAAAAAAAUAAGUGGUAUGACCAUAAUGAAGGCUCAAGAGAAAAUAGAAGAGUAAAUGAUGGAAAAAAAGAGAGUGAAAAUAAUGAACAAAGCACAACAGAAAAGGGGGAAAACCCAGUUUGUGAUAGACAACAAAGUAGAAGAAAUGGAGCGAGUGAAUGUGACAAAUCAAGACGAAAGAAGGACACUUGGUGUAAUAAGAAUAUGGUUAAUAGAAUGCCUUUUAAAAAGCCAAGAGAAAACGAUGGCAAAACUGGAUUUGAUAAACAACAUAAAAGAGAUGGAAAUUCUUCUGGAAUGAGUAAGAAUGAUAGAAGUUAUAGAGAAAGCUAUGACUAUUAUUAUACAAAAAGUGAAAACUAUAAAGGAAAAAAAGCCAGUUACUCUAAGAAUGAACACAUUAAUGAGUCCUGCAAUCAGGUUUUAAAAUCUCGGACAAAAUUGAACUCUGGGUAUUGCCAGACCAAUGAAAAGUUUGAAAAUAAAGAAGAAAAUCCAAUAACAGUUAGUGAAUUGGCUGCUAAAGUUGAUGAGCUGGCUGUUGGUAAAUUGGCUUCAAAAAGGGGAAGUUCAAGAAGGAAAGGAAAAGGAUGGCCUGACAAUUCAUCUGAGGGAAAAGAAGACCUUCAUGGAAGCUUCAUGAAAGGUAGUAUGAGAGAGGAAAAAUCUUCAGAAACUAAGUUAGAGCCUUCAGAUAAAGCUCUAGCAGGAAAUGAGAAAGAAUCUAAGUGUGCUGUAUCAAAUAUUGCUACUCCAGAAUUCAGUGAAAAAUCUCCCAGAGUAAAGAGCUAUUCAAAUGUUAGGGAGAACAGAAAAAACAGAGGAAACAAAUCCCUUAAUAUGGGGAAAAUCCAUAGCAACCACCAAGAAGAAAUUAAGAUUCAAGUGACCAUUAAUAGAAAUAGCCAUGAAAGAACUUCAAGUAUACGACUGAGGAGUGAAUCCGAUACAGAGGAAUUUGAAAGUAAAUCACAAAAUACGCAAGGAGUAUUGAGGAACAGAAAUAAAGAUGACGUGCCUUCCUUAUCACAGAAACAUAGCUCCAGUAUGAAAUCAAAAUCAGUGGGGUAUGGAAAGGCUGCACAAGAUAUUAAUGUACCAGAGUUCAAAGACAAUCCAGGAGAAUUUGACAUGGAGCAUGAUGUAGAUCAAAUGACUUUUAUUGAUGUUCCAGAUGACUUGAUAGAUGAAGUGGACAGAGACAUGUCUUGGUGUAAUCAACAUGUGGGUGGGACUAAAACACCCACUUGGGAGGACGAGAAAUCAACCUGGAAGAGCAGGAGGGACAAACAUUCUGAGAAUGAAGACCAACAGAGAAGGGUUGAAAGUCCUGGUCGUAGAGCUGGCCUCAUUCAGCUAUCCACAACAGUGUCUGGUACUGAUAAUUCUGGCUCAGAACCUGCAGUUUCUCAUCAGUUACCUGCUGCAACACAACAGCUGCAGAAACAUUUGUACAAUCCACAUAAUCCAAGCAAACCUGUGCUAGUUGUUCCCAGUGCCCGAGAUUUACCAGUAUCUCGGGAUCCUCACCGUGAGGUUGGUAGGGGCUUCGGGGACAGCGUCACUGGGUCUCUUCUCGCGGAAAACAGCAAUAUAAGUGAGUAUGCAGUUGAAGGUCGCAAUCCAAAGAUUGAUCCAAGCCUCCUUUAUAAUAUUCAGAAAGGCGAGAUGGACAUAAAUUAUUAUGUCAGUAGUAACCAGCUUCCAGUGGAAUUCCGUCGUAUAAUGGAUAUCCGCCAUCAUUUGCAGGGAUGUUACAAACAACUCCUGACCUCUGAUAUCCGUAUGUGUCAAGAAAAAAAUGUGGAAGGUUGCUUGUGGAAGACAUUGUACUAUGUUAUAAUUGAGAAGUUGCGAGAAUAUAUUAGCAGGGAUCCAACUUUGAAAGAUCGAAGCCUUUCUACACUCCUCAUGUUGGUGGAUGAAGGCCAGCGUUACCUCCAAGACUUGCUGGAAGCUCUUCAGCGAGAAUAUGGUUUUACCCUAGAGGACCAUUUAGAGGAGGAAGGCACCUCACACACUGAGAUCCGGGGUAAGGCGAGGAUAGCAUUGAUGUCAGCUCAGAAGUUGCUUCUCUCGCUUGGAGAUCUUGCACGAUACAGAGAGCAGUACAGUUCUACUCCAAACUUUAAUCUUGCAAAGAAGUGGUAUCAGAUGGCUCUUCAAGUGCACCCAAGGAAUGGUCGACCCUUCAACCAGUUAGCAAUUAUUGCUGUAAAUCAGAAACGACCCCUGGAUGUCGUAUAUUAUUAUAUACGCUCGCUGACUGCCUCCAACCCUUUUAUGUCGGCACGUGACUCUCUUGUUUCAAUGUUUGAUGACAUAAGAAAAAAGUAUAUAUCAGCACAGCAUAAUGAACCCCGUACCGAAGGCAUGCAAACAAAUAUGGGACGUGCUCACCAUUGUGAGGGAUUAAGACAGGAAAUUUGGAUUCGACCAGACAGUGGUGCUACACACAGACGCACUCUCUCCCAGUCUACCGACGGUGAGGGCAAAGACGAGGAAAAUGAACUUAAAAAAAUUCCACUUGAGCAGCUUAUGAAGCGAUUCCUCACAAGCUACCUUCACUGCCAUGGGAUGCUGUUUUCACGUGUUGGGCUAGAUGGAUUUCGUGAGUGCUGUGUGACCAUGAUGCAGGAAUUCUGUGUGUUGCUGCGCUCAUCACCUCCAAGACUCUCAACUAAUCAUUUACUACAGAUCAUGGCUAUUAACAUGUAUGCGGUCAGCAAUACUGAGCUGAAGGGUGAGUGUUAA